GGCAACGUCACGGCCGCCCCGCCCCCCUCACCGUCACGGGUGCAGCCUGGCCUCUGCUUCCCCUGCCCAGCCUGGCAUCCCUACAGUCGGCGCACAGCUCACCUUGCUCACCGGACAAGCUGAGGGACCACAGCCACAGCUCAGUGGCUCAGACCGGCCCCAGACAACGCCCAAAGUCUCUGCACACACUGGCCCAAGAUCUCCUAAGGCAGUUCAAUCGAGUGCCCAAGUCCAAGAAAACCAAAACAGCCCACAGGAAAGCCAUGGAGACUUCAGGAUCCUUUUCCCAAUCUGAAGACAACAGUCAAGUCCACAAAAAAACAGAAGACCUAGAUUAUGGAGAGGCAGAUUUCCAUAAGCAAGAUGAGAAGGCUGGAGUCUCAACCCAAAAACAACAUGACAGAGACAAAUCUUCCUCCUCUUCCUCAUCCUCAUCCUCUUCUUCCUCCUCCUCCUCAGAGAGCAGUGAUGAGGGCAAGCACCACAGAGUAACCAGGAAACGGCGACGGAGCCUGGGGGCUGGACACCCCCACAGCGACAGCUCACCCGGUGGUGUCCAUGAGGAACCCGAUGUUUUAAAGGAUGAGCUUCAACUCUAUGGAGAUGUCCCUGGAGACAUGGUGCCCUCUGAGGAGACAGGACUCCAAAGGAGAGGCUCAGACCCAGCAAGUGGAGAAGUGGAGGCCUCUCAGCUCAGAAGACUGAAUAUAAAGAAAGAUGAUGAGUUUUUCCAUUUCGUCCUCCUGUGCUUUGCCAUUGGGGCCUUGCUGGUGUGUUAUCACUAUUACUCAGACUGGUUCAUGUCCCUCGGGGUCGGCCUGCUCACCUUCGCCUCCUUGGAGACAGUUGGCAUCUACUUCGGGCUAGUAUACCGCAUCCACAGUGUCCUGCAUGGCUUCAUCCCCCUCUUCCAGAAGUUUAGGCUGAUGGGGUUCAGGAAGACUGACUGAGGCUGCUGCCAGGUGGCAUCUGAGCCAUGCCCAAGUUUGACCACCAUUGCAACCCCUGAGGACAAGGACAACACAACGUUCUGGGAGACACAUGGGAGGCCAAGCCAGAGCAAUAAAGAGAGCACUUUUCCUUCCA